ACCACGCGGAACCAUUUCGAGCGCACGCCGGAAAGGGGGAGAGGAAGGGGAGAAGCGAACGCGCAUCCAAACCCUAGCCCCAGCCCGCGACGGCCGGGAGCUCCACCGCGUCGGUCACCGCCGCCGCCUGCGGCGCCAUCCCCGCUUCGCAUCAUGGCCGAUUCCCCGCGCAGGAGGUACUCGAGGUCCCCUUCUCCUUACAGCAGGGGACACCCAAAAGCAAGGUCAAGAUCACGGUCGCCAGCUCGGUCUCAGUCUAGGUCGCCCGUGCCUGAUCCUAGAUCUCAGGCGAGGUCAAGAUCUAGAAGCCAUGAAAGGGAGGAGGAGGCUGUUAACCGUGGAAAUACUCUAUAUGUGACUGGACUCUCUUCUAGGGUGACUGAAAGGGAGAUUAAAGAUUAUUUCUCGAAGGAAGGACGGGUGGUUGGUUGCCAUGUUGUUCUUGAACCCCAUACACGUGUUUCCCGUGGAUUCGCCUUUGUCACCAUGGACACUGUUGAAGAAGCUGAGCGUUGCAUCAAGUAUCUUAACAAUUCUGUAAUGGAAGGUCGAAACAUUACAGUUGAAAAGUCGCGCCGUGGUCGGCCAAGGACACCGACUCCUGGAAGCUAUCUUGGUCACCGGUAUGAGCGUAGAGACCGUGGGAGAGGAUACCGCCGAGGCUAUGGUGGCGGUCGUGAUGAGGAUUACCGCAAUGGCUAUGGGUACCGCAGGUCUCCACCUCCCAUGUAUUCCUACAGGGAGAGUCGGGACUACCCUUCCUACAGGGAUACUCGAGACUACCCUCCCUACAGGGACUACUCCCCGCACAGGGGGGACCCGCGAGACUACUAUGAGAGCAGGGGUGGGCGCGGGUACUCCCCGCCUCCUUAUGGUGGGGGCAGGUCAAGAAGGGAGCGAUCAAUUUCGCCGUAUCGGAUGCCAGAGAGAGGCUACGGUGGUGGCCGCCGUGCGGGUGGAGGCGGCUAUGAUAGGUAAAAUGUUUUUGGCACUCCAUAUUACAAUGGAGACCGUAUGUCAAAGAUGGAUGGCCAUGGCUUGCUGUUGUGAUGGUGGUGGCCCUGCCUCCCGUGACUCUGGGUAGAUUGUUGUAGCUGUACUUGCGGACUGUUUGCUGUCUCUCUGGAUUUUUUUUAAAAAAAUUGUAUGAGGACAUGUUUGUAGGUUUGCAAUGAUAACUUCUAAAGAAUGACUGGGGACUUGUUCCA